AUGAAGAAGAGAGUGAGGCGUGCGCGGUUUUCCAAUGUGGCAGCAGUACAGAAAAGCCACACUCAGUCAGUUGCAGGGGUCAAGAAACCUGCUCGGCGACGAGGAAGAACCAAUAAUAAUGCUGCAAAGAUAACUUCGCCAUCAGUCGCAUGUGAUAGAGGUUUCGAGGAUGUUGGUACAAGUGACAGAUCUGCAAGAUUACAAUUGAGCACAACAGUGUCAGCUGUGGAGACAGAAGGGGAGGAGCGUCCAGAGCAUACAUCAAGAAAUCAGGUGAGUCCCCUUCAAAAUUCUUGACAGCAGCAGUCAAGAUUUUGAGGUCAAUGAUAGGUUGUUGUCAGAUGUUUUACCUCCAUAAGGUAAAGGAUCAGCUGUUAAACUUUCUCAAAUGCAACCUACUUCCUUGACUGAUCCUACAGGUAUGGGCAGACUCAGCACUGCAUUCUGUCGACUGUCAUGGAAAGCUCUCACCUUGGAGGCUGCGGCAUGCCUUCAACAAGUGGCCAGGGGAGCCGGAGGGGGUCCCUGACCAGACAGAACCAGCCCAGUCGCCACUGCUUUUCUACAUAGACUUUCAGCGCCUAGUUGCAGUGCCACUUAACCGUGAUCUACGUCUCUCAGUUUGUCUGCAAGAACUGCCACACAAAAUUCUGCAAGUGCCACACUAUCCUGCUCACAUUUCUGCAGAGGGUAAACAUCUUACCCUCUGUGAAUGUGCACACCAGACAGGUGAGGAAAACAACUAAUGUCACAAUGUAGAGAGCGGAAAUUGUAAACAUAUGAGGGUCAACAAUGAGCAAGUCUGGAAAUCUGGCCCAAAACAGCAGUGAAACCAUAACAUGAUAGAUAUAUUGAUUUUGGUUUCAGGAAGACUUCAGAGUGCUCUCAAUCAACGGUGGAUCCCAUCUUGUUGUAUAAGUUGAUACAUUCCAUCGGGACAAGAUGAUUACCAGAUUUUGGUACGCAGAUGGCUUUCAUGGUUAUAACCACUGUUACUAAAUGUCCCAUUUAUUUUACCGCCAACCUGACAACCACCUCUCCUCUACCAGCACCCUCCAUCCCCUCCUAUCCAAAGUGUCUCCACAGCCUGGUGUCCUGGGCCCACCACCAAAUCAAAUCAAAUCAAAUGUUACAGUGAGGGAAAAAAGUAUUUGAUCCCCUGCUGAUUUUGUAAGUUUGCCCACUGACAAAGAAAUGAUCAGUCUAUAAUUGUAAUGGUAGGUUUAUUUGAAUAGUGAGAGACAGAAUAACAACAACAAAAUCAAGAAAAACGCAUGUCAAAAAUGUUAUACAUUUUGCAUUUUAAUGAGGGAAAUAAGUGUUUGACCUCCUCUCAAUCAGAAAGAUUUCUGGCUCCCAGGUGUCUUUUAUACAGGUAACGAGCUGAGAUUAGGAGCACACUCUUAAAGGGAGUGCUCCUAAUCUCAGCUUGUUACCUAUAUAAAAGACACCUGUCCAGAGAAGCAAUCAAUCAAUCAGAUUCCAAACUCUCCACCAUGGCCAAGACCAAAGAGCUCUCCAAGGAUGUCAGGGACAAGAUUGUAGACCUACACAAGGCUGGAAUGGGCUACAAGACCAUCGCCAAGCAGCUUGGUGAGAAGGUGACAACAGUUGGUGCGAUUAUUCGCAAAUGGAAGAAACACAAAAUAACUGUCAAUCUCCCUCGGCCUGGGGCUCCAUGCAAGAACUCACCUCGUGGAGUUGCAAUGAUCAUGAGAACGGUGAGGAAUCAGCCCAGAACUACGCAGGAGGAUCUUGUCAAUGAUCUCAAGGCAGCAGGGAUAAGAGCGUCUGCUAAAUUACUAAAAUCUGGGCCCCCUCAGGUCUAGCUAUUUUGCAUAUCGAAGAAAAAUAAUGUACAAUGUGUGGAACAAUUUGUAAUGAUACACACAAUAAUACAUAGUAACACAUCUGUGGACAGAAAGAUCUCUUAUCAGAGCAAGAUUAGUAGCGGAAAAAGGGCAUCAUGGCUUUGACAUUUUCAGUGUUUUCUCCCUUUUCCCAUGCCUUGCAGAGUUCAUUCCCAGAAGAAGGGAACCAGAAUAAAAUAAACAAAGACCCCCAAGGAGCCUAAAGUUAGAAAUAAGCCAGGAACCAAGCCUGGCUGGAAGAAGCCAAUCAAGUCAGAAAGGUACGGUACAAGCUGUCUGGGGGGGGCAAAGCACCAAAACAGAUUUGAUUUUAAUCACGAAUUGGAGUGGAGCUGGUAGUGGUGAGUAAUACAUAAGACAUUUGGAUUGAGGUGUAGUAUCCAUGUUUGUUUUUGGUUUUCAGAGAGGAGCUGCCCAAUAUCUACAAAUGCCCGUACCUGGGCUGCUGA